CCCCUCAGAUGUUUGCUGUUAAAUCAGUCGAGUAGUUUACUUCACACAGUCUUCACAGGAACUCUUUGAGGCUAUGUUGUUUUAAAACACAUGGACAUUUUAACCGUACAGUUGCAGUAAACGCCGUGAAUUGAACGCACCAGGAGGAUGAUUAUGAAGUUGCUAUGAUGUGGUGAAGUGUCGCGUAAUGUAAUGGCAUUUACAAGCGCCAGGUUAAUUCAUAAUCGCUGCUGAGCUCGGGUGAAAGAGAAAUAAACGCAAUUCUUCUUCACAGAAGAUGUUAUAAUGGGGAUUUUUCUCUGGAUACUGCUGAUUUUAAUGCACUGCUAUGAAGGGGUUCAUGGUCUACGGUUCAGCAAAAACCCCUUGAACAUCACAGUAACUCAGGGUAACAAGGCUCGUCUGGUUUGUGCCUUUGAGGGGCUUAGCGAGCCAGAGAUCACCUGGAUGAAGGAUGGAGAGAAGGUGUACAGCACCGAUCAAAUGUUCAUCCCACUGGAUACGGACCAUUGGGAGACUUUCCACAGCAUUAAAUCCGUGCAGCAGCAGGAUGCUGGGAAGUACUGGUGUGAGGUGGAUUAUAUCGGCCAAAUCAUUUCUUCUGAACCAGCUUGGAUCACAGUAGAAGGUGUGCCUCACUUUAUAGUUGAACCCCAAGACAUGGCCACAUUUGCAGGAGAGCCCUUUAAUCUGACUUGUGUCGCACGUGGACCUCCAGACCCCGUGGAGGUGUUAUGGUGGCUGGGAGGUGAACAGAAGGGUGAUUUCAUGCCCUCCCCUUCAGUUCUCUUGGUUAAAGGUGUGAAUGACAGUGUAAAGUUUUACUGUGAAGCCAGAAAUGCACGAGGCAUCUCUGUGUCGCGCACAGGCACAGUGCACAUUAAAGUUCGGCCAGAUUCACCUCAGGGUAUCAGGGUGCAUCAGGCGUCUGAAAGUAAUGUUACAUUAACAUGGAGCCCAGGUUUCACUGGACAUUCACAUCUUUCCACCUGCACUGUACAGAUGUCAAUGGGACCUGGAAGGAAGGUGAAACUUCCUGAUGUAAAUGUGCCAGUUCCUCCCUACCAGCACGUGUUUGAUUCACUCCGCAGUCAUUCAAACUACAGCGUGAGAAUUCGCUGUGAUAAUGAAGUUGGGUCAUCCCCUUUCUCAUCCUGGAUGGACUUUUAUACUCCAGAGGCAGCACCAUUAGUUGCUCCAAAGAACUUGACCUUUGAGCUCACAGAGCAGCAGCUGACUCUGUCCUGGGCGGCACUGGAUGAGGCGGAUCUACGAGGAAGAUUACUAGAAUAUAAAGUACAAUGGUGCCAGGGAGGAGAGAGUCAGGAUUCCUUACAGUUUAAGGAAAACUACGCUCGCCUCUCAGGUGCCGGGCGAUUCUUUAACUCCACCUUUCGGGUUUCCGCAUGCACCAGAGCAGGAUGUGGUCCAUGGAGCAAGCCAGUUCUUGUGAUGCCUGCAUCAGCUAUGCAAGCCCAGACUCAGAGGGGCCACAUUUGGGUUGGGCUGCUUUUUGGCUUUCUUGUUGCCACCAUGGUGGGCCUCCUGUUGACUGUUCUUGUACGCAACAGAAGGAAAGAGACCCAGUUUGGGUCUGCAUUCACAAGUCCCGGGAUAGAUGUCCAAGUGUCCUUUACAGCUGCAAGAUCCUUCAACAGGCAGUUCCAUGAACUCCCAGAAUACACUUUGGACAGUCUAGGAAUAAACAGUGACUUAAAGGCUAAGCUACAGGAUGUUCUCAUAUCUGAAAGGCUCUUAACUCUGGGACGCAUGCUUGGCAAAGGUGAGUUUGGUUCAGUGAGAGAAGCGGUUCUGAAAACAGAGAAUAACUCUGGACAGAAGGUGGCUGUGAAGGUCCUCAAAACUGAUAUAACCUCAUCCAGUGACAUUGAACAGUGUCUGAAAGAGGCGGCAUAUAUGAAGGAUUUUCACCAUCCCAAUGUUAUUCAGCUCAUUGGUGUAAGUCUGCACAGAAGAGCUCAGCAGCGGCUGCCUGUUCCCAUGGUGAUCUUACCCUUCAUGAAACAUGGAGAUCUCCACACUUAUCUUCUUAUGUCUCGCCUCGGAGAUGAACCAUUUACUACCUCUUUGCAAAUCCUUAUUCAGUUCAUGCUAGACAUCGCUCGAGGGAUGGAGUAUCUCAGCAGCAAAAACAUCAUCCACCGGGAUUUGGCCGCUCGCAACUGCAUGUUGAAUGAAAACAUGACUGUGUGUGUAGCGGAUUUUGGUCUCUCAAAGAAAAUCUACAGUGGUGACUACUACAGACAAGGGUCUGUCUCAAAGUUGCCCGUCAAAUGGAUUGCUUUGGAAAGCUUAGCAGACAACGUCUACACAACGCAGAGCGACGUAUGGGCAUUUGGCGUGACCAUGUGGGAGAUCAUGACUAGAGGACAGACACCUUAUCCAGGAGUGGAAAACUCAGAAAUCUAUGAGUAUCUUAUCAAGGGAGAAAGACUCAAACAGCCUCCGGACUGUCCUGUUGACAUUUAUGAGAUGAUGCACAGCUGUUGGUCUCCUGUUCCAAAGUGCCGUCCCAGUUUUCAAAGCCUGAUAGAUCAGCUGGAGGUCCAGUGGGCAAAGCUGAAUCCGGCUCCUGCGAAAGAAGCAAUGUUGUAUGUGAACCUGAAUGAGGAGGAUGAAGAGCAGGCCUCUGGGACGGGGGUCGAUCCAGGGACUCAUAGUAGCAGAGAGGAGCCCUAUUGGGCAGUGCCCUGGCAGUGCGCAGGUAUGGAGGAAGACGAAAAGAACUGGCUAAUGGUGUCAUCAGGGGCCGCACUUGCUAUUGGUGGAGACUAUCGGUACAUCAUCGGUCCACUUGGCACUGAUGACGAGACCAGACACUCUGACGAUGGCCAAUCAGAGGAUGUCCGAGACGAGGAAGAGGAUGUCAUCAUAAAUGUGUGAUUUUUAGUAUUUUAUUCUCCGUGCGUGAGUACUUUGGGGGGUAUCGGUUGCAAGUGGAGAAGGUUUUCGCAUAAAUGAGUUUUUUAAAAAUACUAAGCAUUCCUAAGACGUCGCACUGGAGAAAUGCCAGUUAUAAUGCUAAGAACUGUCUCCAUGCUAACUCUAGAGGCAUUAAGUGCCUUGUGUACAAUCAGCUGCUAACACUUUUCCGUUAAAUGAUUUGUUAGGACAAUUGAUAUUCACUUACUGAUCAUGACUGUAGCGAUGAUGGUGUUUCACCAAAUGAAAUGUUUAGCGUAAAAUCUGUGAUUUAUUUUAUUGUACAGUACAUUCUUGUAAAAAUAAGUGUUGUUUGUGCUGGUAUCCUAUCAGCAGUGUUUGUUGUGAAUUUUCAGUUGCUUCCUGGGGUUCACACAUUUGGUGCUUUUUAUUAGAAUUGUUUAAAAAAUAAUAAACUCUAGAAUUUAUAACACAAUGGGGCAGUUUCCCAGACAGGGUUUAGGAUUAGUCCCAGAUUAAAAUGCAUGUUUCAGCUUUCUUAACUGUAAACAGCUUGCUCUGACAUAUCGUACCAGGGCUCCAGACUAACUUUUUUCACUAGUAGCACAGUGGCCCCCAACUGAAAAUUUUAGGGGCGCAACCAGACAAUUUAGGGGCACCUAAAUUUUGGGAGCAGUUUGCUAGCUGGAGCCAUUCACUUCUAGUCUUUGUGCUAAGCUAGGCUAGUGGGGGCUGCGUCAGACAGAGUUACAGCACGCACAGAGAUGAGAAACGUAUGUAUGGACUUAUCUAACUCUGGGGAAUACUGUGAAUAAGCUAAAUUCCCAAAAUGUGGGCGUGUUCCUUUAAAGAAAAAUGAAAAUUCUGUCAUCAUUUACUCACUCUCAUGUUGUUACAAACCUGUAUAAAUUUCUUUGUUUUGACGAACACAAAGGAAGAUAUUUUGAGAAAUGUUUGUAACCUAAUCGUUUGUGGACACCAUUUACUUCCAUAGUAUAAUUCUUCCCUCAAAAUAUCUUCUAUUGUGUUUCUUUAAAACAAAGAAAUAUACACAAGAAAUUACAGAAUUUUCAUUUUUGGGUAAACUAUCCCUUUAAGUUCAGCAAAUGUUUAUUUCAAAGUGAUUAUGUGUUCAUUUUAUUUAAAGAAAAACUUACAAAUAUAUAUUUUAAGUAGCCUAAAUAAAAACAAUUACGUUUUGGUGCAAAUUGCUGCCACUUCCUGGAUUGACAUUUUUACACUUACGAAGUAUGUCCCAUCGGGUUAAUAAUUCUACAUACACACUUGUGAUCUUCAUGCCCACUAGUACACUUGGGAAAAACAGGAAAUACGUUAUGUUAAGUAGUCAGACUGCAGGUGUGGGUAUUUGGACGCAGAUCAAACCUGCAUAAAUUUUUGUGUUUUGCUGAACACAAAGACAUUUUGAAAAAAGGUAAUAACCAAACACAUUUGGGGCACCAUUCACUUUUAUAGUAUUCUUUUUUUCUACUAUGGAAGUCAUUGGGGCCCCAGAUCUGCUUGGUUACAAACAUUUUUCAAAGUAUCUUCCUUUUUAUUCAGCAGAACAAAGAAACAACUUUAGUAUGAGUAAAUUAUAAGGUUUUUUUCAGUGAACUAUCUAUUUAAGGUCAGUUAAACUGUCUCUGUUGUGUUUGGUUAACCUUUACAGCAAACUCUCAUUGGAGCAUUCUGAGAAUGGGAUAUCAAGGGACUUAAAUUUAAUUUUUGUUUAUGCUAUGUGAAAUCACCAAGAUUCUUUUUGACUGUUUUCGUUAUGCAUUGCAGAGCUAAAAAUCAAAGUUGGCUUUAGGUGUAAAAAAUGUAUCACAUUUGUUGUGGAUAGAUUUUAAGUGUUAUUAACUAUUAAAACAGAAGCCUGUUUGCGUAUCUAACAAUUAAGGUGAUGUAAAAUACCAGCCCAUGAAGAUGUCAUCUGCAUUCUCCUUCUUUCAAAAUAAAGCAGAUACUUUUUAUAUAUAGACAUGUUAACCUGAAAAUGUACAGUAUAUGUUGAAUAUGGCAGGAAUAUUGCACAGAAUAAUUAAGUUGUUUGGUUUUUACAACUGUGAACUUUUACAUGUAGAAUUCUACAAAACUGCAAAUAAAACAUUAAUAAAAUCCAAUAAUAA